AUGGCGAAAGGUGCACGAUCAAGUACCCGUAAAGCAAACAAUGUGAGGCUCAAGACCAAAGUAUUUGGACCUACAGAAAAUGCAAGAACAGAGCGUCUGUCAGAAAAACUGCAGAAAUUGGCAUCACUGCCAAAACCUACACAAGAUAUCAUCAUGACUAUAGAUCCCGAAACCUCUGAUUAUUUGAAAGAACAACUCUGCGAAGAGAGAAAGCAAGAUGAAGUGAUGGAAAUUGAUAAUUUACCAUUCAUAGCAGGCAAACAACACAAGUCUACUGGAAAAAACAAAGUAGAGAAAAAACGUUUCAAGCGCAAAACUUCUAUCGUCUUUCCAAAAUACAACCGAGAAAAAACAAAUUCAAAGAAGACAAAAAAAUAA